AAUGCCAUAAAACUUUAAAAAGUAAAAAAACUAAAGUCUAAUUUUUAAAAGAAAAAUAUAAUUCUAAUAAAAAUAUAAGACUGAAUAGUGCUUUUAAAAGUAAAAGUGACAAUUUGAACAGUGUGUGGAUUUUUGAAUUUGGAAUUCGAUAGUGUUUUGUUUUGGUUUUGGGAAGAUUAUAGUAUUCUGUACAUUCCAAAGGAUUCGAAGACUGACGACGCAAUAUAUAUUUAGAAACAGUGGCGCACAAACAUGUGGCGAGUAUGGCUGGUCGUCAGUAUAUCAACAGUAACAUGGAGCCAAGAGACACACACUAGAGUGACACAACACGGCGGCACGUUCGAAUGGGGUUGGCAGCAGAGGCAGGCGAACAACGGGGACCCGUCUGCCACUGUUGGACACUACUAUGUCAAGUUGCCUCAGUCAGAGCAGCAGGUUCGGUACACGGCGGAUGGUACGGGCUAUCACGGGGCUGUGGCGAUCACCACUGGCGAUCACCUGCAUGGACACUCCCAGAGCUUCGCGCUCGGACCCCGCGCGCUUGAGAUACAUGCUCAGGCACAAAACCAGCACAAUGUCACUCAGCUGCUGCCUCAAGCUGAUCAGCCCCGCAACUCACCGGUGGAUAUCUACCUGCUUCACCAGCAGUUCCCCCCACCGUCACUCGUGAACGAGCAGCUCAUUGCCCCGCACCCAAACCUGGUCCAAUUCAUACCACAACCACCUACCAACUACUACAACCCCAAUCCAACGCAAGUAAACUUCAACGUACAAACUCAACACGUUCAAACGAAUGAACGAAAGGAAGGCAACUACGAGAUACUAUACGAAAACGAAAGCUCCACACCUCUUCCGAGAGAGGGAAUAAACGAGCAAAAAGUUGAUUAUUCUAACAAUGUAGUACAAGUAUUUAAAGAUACAAAUUGCACGCAUGAUGAAGAUAAAGGCAAAGGUGAAAUUAAAGCUAAAACCACGAAGCUUUUCGCACAAUCGUCUGCUAGGGAAAGCAAGAACAUAAACGGCAAUUUCGGAGCUAAGCAAGUUACUCAAAGACCAUUAACUUACAGAGGUGCUGUUCAUUUCAAAGUAGAACCUCCCAGAGAAAACUCUAGAAGCGAAAGGUAUUAUUACAAUACAGACUCUCCUACCACAUCUACAAACGAGAGAUACUAUUACACCACUGAUUCUUCUUCUACUCCUUCUGAUGAACAAUACUACUAUUCUACAAUUUCGUCUACACCAAGAACUACUACAGAAGAUGAGAGAAUUUCUCGAUUAGUAGCAUCUACUCAGGAUUUGAUAACCAAUGAAGAUUUGCUUAAAAUAAACCACGCGGCUGAAAAAAGUGUGGGUAUUAACACUGACGACGUCCUAAAACCACGUUCUAGGUACAGUUUAAGAGCUCAAGAAUCUAGAUAUAGUCAGACACCCAGAAGUAAAAUCACUGUUAAAGCUAAAAUAGGCAAUAUAGUCGACAGUGAGAUCGAGCAUGUUGAAAAUGACAAUACAAAAGAACACGUGCUGCAAACAAGUUCAGAUCAAUACAAAUUCGCGUCGCCUAUUGUCGUACAAGAUUCUCAGUACGAAGAUUACAAGGAACAGAUUGUCAAUAACUUAGUUUCGACAAUGGUUCCUUACAUAGAAGAUGGGUAUGAAAUCGUCGGAGUCAGAGAUGGCAAUCAAAGCUACGGUAUUAUUAAUAGCAAUAACAAUGAACAUCAGAAUACUGAUGAAAACAUGGUUAAUGUCACCCCAAGACCUUUGGGACAGAAGUAUUUGGCUCCAAUCACGGUUGCUCUGAGACUGCUGAACGCAAACGAUACUGAAUCUUUGAACUUCAUAGAUGAUCAUGAAACCUCUGAUACUGAGCUUUAUUCUGAAACUGUAGAAAAACCCCAUAAUGAGAAAACAGUCGUGGAAAUUCAGAAAUCUGUUCCUGUAUCUAUAACUCAUAUAAACGAUGUCGAAGUGCAUCAAUAUUUGGAAGAAGGCAGAAGUAAUCAGAAAGGACCGAUGGAUUAUAUGAAAACUUUAUACAAUAAGUACGUCGAGUCUUUAGGAGCAAAGAAUACCCAGAGUAAUGUUAACGAUAUUCUUCACAAGUACAAUGGCGAGAAAAAUUACGAAAACCCUGACAAAUAUGAGAAAAAUCAGGGUUCAGGAGAAAACUUAGAUACAAGUGAGAACAUACAAAGUGAGGUUCAAGUCAGACCGAAUGAUUUAGAUACUGAAAAUGAACGAAAGGAAUACAUAAGGGAUUAUUACGAUUACGAAUCUGACAACCGAAAAAUUAUUCAACCGAUCAUAAUUGAGAAAGAAGUGCCGGUAACGCAGUUUGUAGAUCGAUAUAUAGAAAAACAAGUACCGUACCCCUCACCGGUAGAAGUGCAAGUGCCGGUCGACAGACCCGUUGCUGUUCCGGUACCGUAUGAGAAAAUAGUCGAACGACCGUACGAAGUGACAAGAUACGUCGACAAACCGUACCCUGUGGAGGUACCUAAGCCUUAUCCAGUUGAAGUCAAAGUCCCUUAUCCAGUAGAGCAAAAGAUCUACGUCGAUCGGCCUGUCCACAUCCCUUAUCCAGUGGAGAAGUUGGUGGAGAAACAAAUUUUGCAUCCAGUCCCUGUACCAACGCCUGUAGCGGUACCCGUAGAGGUCCAAGUACCGGUUGAGCAUCAGGUUCUAUACCCCGUACCGAUUCGAACUCCCGUACCCGUCCCGGUCGAGGUCGAAAAACCCGUUACCGUUGAAAAAGUUGUAACCCAACAAGUACCUUACCCAGUACCGGUUGAGAAAAAGGUACCAUAUCCAGUACCGUACGAGACUAAAGUACCUGUUCCUUAUGCUAUAGAAAAAAGAGUACCUGUGCAUGUAGACAGAAUUGUUGAGAAACCAGUGACUAUUACUAGGUAUAUUGAAAAACCGGUUCAUAUUCAAGUACCGGUACCACACCCGGUGCCUGUGCCUGUCCACGUUCAUCACCCAGUUCACGUAGAUAGGGUUGUUGAAAAAAGAGUACCGUACCCGGUACCGGUAGACCGCGUGGUGGAAAAGAAAGUACCGGUGCAAGUUCCGUACCCAGUCGAGAAGAUAGUCGAAAAAAUCGUCGAAAAACCGGUUGUCGUCACUAAAUACGUUGACAAGCCGUACCCUGUCGAGAAGCGAGUGCCUUACCCGGUCGAAAAAAUUGUCGAGAAAAAGGUACCAUAUCCCGUGCAAGUGCCAGUGGAAGUUAAAGUACCUUACCCGGUCGAGAAGCCGGAACGAGUGCCAUACGCCUUUGAGAAACCCUACGCGAUAUACAGUUACGCCCAAGGCGCGAAUUCACAACACCACCCGCAAUACUUGAAGUACUCCCCGGAACAGCACAAGUCAGGAAUCCCUCCACCGCACGUUCAGAAUCAAAUACAAAAGAACCAGGCACAACAACUACAGGCUCAAUACGCUCAAUAUUAUCAGAAUCUAAAAGACAAACAGGAGAAAAACGAGCAAAUACAAUCGACUCAUUGGGGAAAUCUUUACGCUUCUUCGUAUCAGCAUAUAAACAACACGCCUGAAGGCUAUAAGAUUGGCGAAUUCAAAAAGUCUCCACUCCUAGCGAAUUAUAUCAACUACGUAACCAAUCAAAACCAGCAAUCUUCUGCAUACUACGGCCCCCCUCCAAUGCAAAACUAUGACGAUCAAUGGGAGAAGAAUAAGAACUAUAUUGUAGAGCUUAAGCUGCGGAGAACGGAUAGACAACCCAAGUCCAGCUUAAGAAUAGAGUACGGCGGUUUCAAGCCACCUCUAAUACCCAGUACUGAAGUCGACUUGGACGGAAUGCCUAUAAAUAAAAAAGAUUAAAAAAAAGGUCUUUGAUGACAAUGGAAGGAGCGAAAGUGGCGUGUCAGAAUCCUAAUAAGUGGAAUUCCGUGUUGUCUGCCUACCCCAACUGGAAAUACGCGUGAUAUGUGUGUAGGUUUUCUUACAACGAGCAAAAUUAUGUUUUAAACGGGUUUAAAUUCGAAAAAUAGUAAAUACCGGUAAAAUACUGUUUACCGUUAAUUUUCUGAAAUAUUCGGUACCUAAAACCGGUUUUGAAUAACGGUACCGCGGAGUUGAGAUGCUAGUAUACUAGAAACAUGAAAUUCGGUUAAAAAAGUUGAUCGCUAAAAAUAAUUAUUGAUACAGUAUUUAAACUGUAAAUAUGAUUGCUCAAAUGUUUAAUCGAUUGUUUUCAUGUAAGUAAUAGAGAUGUAAGUUAACGAGUCAUAUUUUUUUAUUUAUAUCAUAAUUUUAAGUCUUUUACUAACUUAUUUUUUAUCGUAUUAAGUACCUACGUCUUGUACAGA